AUGUCAAUAGAAAGUGUCCAGGCCGGUUUCAGCGAGCGAGGCGCAGCGAAACAAUUCGGGAUUUCGCCACAAACUUUGCGUCAACGAUUGAAAGGAUGUAAAACGAAAUCAGAAGCGCAUUAUGGUCAACAAGUAUUCAAUAAUGAACAAGAGCAACAGCUCCGAGAAUAUUUGUUGAAGUCUGCAAAAAUAUUUUACGGCCUCACGUUGCCGCAACUUCGACAACUGGCAUUUCAAUUUGCGCAGGCAUUGAAAGCAGCCAAAUCUAUCAAGAAAAUCACAGCAAGUUCGUACUCAAAUAAUCAAGACGAACAACCAGCUGCCAGCAGAGACUGGUCUGAAGCCUUCUUAAAACGUCAUCCCGAUUUGACUCUGCGUCGACCCGUACCAACAUCGCUCGGUCGAGCAAUCGCUUUCAAUGCUCACGUCGUUGGCGAGUUUUUUGAUUUGUAUGAAAAUAUCCGGCAAUCACAUCAAUAUACAGCGGCGACAGUGUGGAAUAUGGAUGAAACUGGGCUGAACACAGUACAUAAAAUGAAAUACGUAAUAGCGCAAAAAGGUGAGCGAUGUGUAGCAGCAGCUAGUUCGGGCGAACGCGGCACUAAUGUGACUCUUACGAUGGCUAUUUCUGCCGCUGGAGAAAAAAUUCCACCAUUUUUCAUCUUCCCAAGGAUCAAAAUGAAUAAAGAAGAACAUGCCAUUAGAGUGGAUACUGAGAGAACUUUGCUUAUUCUUGACAAUCACGAAUCGCAUUUGACUAUUGAAGGAUUAGAAUUUUGUAAACGAAAUAACAUUGAUAUAUUAACUCUGCCUCCACAUACCAGUCACAAACUACAACCUUUAGAUAAAGGUGUUUUCGGGCCAUUAAAAGCAUAUUAUGCAAAUCAGUGUUCAGCAUGGUUGUUUAUUCACCCUAAUGUUCCAAUUGGAAUUUAG